AUGAUAAAUAAAUAUUCAAAAUUAUUAAUACUAUCUUUAAUAACAUUAAGUUUGACUUUUAUAAAUGGACAAUCCACAGAUUUACCUUUAGACCAAGUUGAAUAUGAUUCAAUGGUUUGGUAUGUAAACCAAUACCAACUUGGUGCUCCUUUUAAUUCUUCCGAUUUUUGUAAUUGUAAACCAUAUAUUGAAUGUAUAAUAACCAAUGGUAGAAAACAUAUAAAUUCAAUUUACAUACCAGAUGCAAUUAAUUUAAAUAUUAAACCAAAUCCAACUUUACUACCUCCCAAAUUCAAUUUACCAUUUUUAACAAAUUAUAAUGUUGAGUACGCUACUACCAUUGUUGAUCCAUCAGUAAACAUUUUAGAGCUUCUAAAUGAUUCUCCAAAAUUAUAUUUCAUAGCUAUUCAAAAUGACACAUCUAUAACCUCAAUUCCAGUUUUCAAAUAUGAUAUGCUAGUUAAUUUGAUAUUACAAAAAGUUGGAACCAUUCAAGAUUUCUCAAACCUUAAGAAUCUAACUAAAUUAGUUAAAUUACAAAUUGAUUCUCCAACUUCAUUCGACAGAAAUACAACUUUCAAAUAUAUUAUUGAUCCAACAUUAACAUUGUUACCAGGAGAAUAUACAUUUGACCAAAACUUCCCAAUUGCCCAACUUUUAUAUUUGAAUACUGAGAGACCAGGAAACUACACUUUCAUCUUUAAUAGUACUACUAUUCAAAAGCUAAGAGUCGGUGGAACUGGUAGAAUGAAUAUUACUUUUUUGAAUACUUCCGUCAUUGACACUCUAGGAAAUAAAAUACCAGCACAUUACACUUUAUUAAUUGAUAAUGCUGCAAUUGAUACCAUCUCUUAUGCCCAGAUUAAUAGUGGAUUUAUCUUUACUAUCACCGGUGCAUUCAAUCUUACAAAGCCAACAGUUACAGUAUCAAUCAAUUCAUUCCCAUGCUUCCUCAAUGAAACAAGCAAUACAAAGAUUGUCUGUCAAAGCGGUGUGCUGAUUCCCGGUAAUAACGAUGUCUCUGUAAAUAUCAAUGGUCAAAAUGAUUUGAAACAAAUUGUAGUUCAACCAACAUACCCAUUUAUUACAUCUGUAACAGAGGUUGGAAAUAAUCAUGGUAUUAUUUUCGAUAAUGAUGAUUCACCAUUUACUUUCAGUUUCCGUGGUAACUUUGGUCCAAAUCCUGUCAAUAGUACAAAGAUCUCCAUUUCUAACCAACCAUGUAAAGUUGUUUCUGUCACCACCGAAGAAUUAGUUUGUAGCAUCUCUAUCAAGCCAGGUAAAUCAUUACCAAUUGUUCAACUAACUGUUGGUAAAUUCAAUUAUUAUUCCAAUAAUCUAAUGUUCUUCUAUAUUAAACAACAAAUUACAUCUUGUAAUGGUAAUGGUAAGGUUGAGAAUGGAGAAUGUGUGUGUGAGGAUGGUUGGAGUGGAUUCAGAUGUGACUCACAGUAUUUCACUGGCGCCACCGAUAUCAAGCAUGGAAUUAGCUCGAGCUCGCCAAACAAUGCAAACUAUUUCAACUUUUAUGUUGGUAACCAAGUCUAUCAGUUGGAGGUGACCGCCAUCAAGGAGAUGAAUGUCAUGGGUGCCGAAGCACGUUCCUUCAAACCACAGAUCAUCGCUACAUCCGGUGGCAAUUCAUUCUUUAAUCUCUACGACGAGAAGAAUCAUAAUUUCGGUCUUCUAACUAUUAGUAACAUUGCUGGUGCGCAGACUGCACCUGCAUUCCACUAUGAGUUGAUAGUCAAUAACUAUACUUAUCAAUCGAUAAACAAUCAUCUGAGAUUACUCUACAGUCUGUCAGUGAAUACCGUUCCAUUGCCAACUGACGAAUGUGGUGAUUUCGUUUACACCGACUACCGUUUCGCAAAUGACGAUCUCGAGUAUUUCCGUGUUUCACAAGACAAGACUGCGCUACUGAUAAAUGUUACCGCCGGAUUGGAAUCGAAUGGCAGAUCGACCUACUACAUCAAGAGCUACACAGGAGUGAAUCGUCAAACCAGCCAAGUCUACUUUGACUUCCCUUACUGCGACUACUGCAAACAGCCACUGGAAAUCGAAUUACUCAGAGCAUCCGAUUCUUUCCACACCUCAUGCUCAAUCGAUCCACCCACUCACUGGGAACUCUUUAUCUACGUACCACUCGCUGGUAUCCUACUAGUUGGUAUCAUAGUAGCUGUUAUCCUACUCUGUAAAAGAAAAUUAUUUACAAACAAUGAACGAUUCUUUGAUUUUGAGUAA